UGUUUUGGUUGGGGAUAGGAUUUGAUGUUAGUUCUCAUUCCCCUUUUGAUACCCGUUCGGCAAACAACUUUAAAAUUUUUUUGAAAAGUUUUUCUAUUAAAUUUUUAAAUUUUAACUCCAAUAUGUCGCAUAAACCUUUGGGACCCGGACCCGGCGCAUACAUGCUGCCCAGCUGCUUCGGCUAUGAGAAGUGUGACUCCAGGAUGCAGCGAAGCCCGCAGUAUUCCUUCGGGACCCAAUCUCGGUCUUGCAAUCGUGCAAAUCUUGUGGGACCCGGACCGGCGGCGUAUCACCUGGGCUCCGUGACGCGCUAUGGAAAGGCUAACAAUCUGGAGUACGCGUAUUUCCAUAGACGUGGUCUCGGCAACAACAAAACAAAGAGUGUUCGCUAGUUGGAGUCUCAAAAUAUACGAAUAUAUGGGUUAACAAUAAGCUGUUGUUGUCUAAUCGUGAAUUAAGGGGAAUUAGAUUACCCUAAUCGGCGUCCCGAACUCGAGUGGACGUAUAUUGACAGGUGGAACAGGUGUUUGUCCCGGUCUCACAAAGGGCGAACUACCAUAGCAAAUAUUCAGGGAGCUCAGAGGUCUAUUUAUACCUCAUCUUGACUCAAAAUAGGUCAAGCACAAGGGGGCAUGGGCAUGGGCAUGGGAACCGGGGCAUCUACCUCUCCCUGGCUGCUCAUAAAAUCAAUUUCGAAAGAGAACCCAACACUGCGCCACAGCAAUCCGUCACAAAUUUGUGGGGACUAAAUUUAAACGGCUGAAAAUUCAAUGAAACGGAAAAUGUGACUAGAGGCUAACAAAUCCAUAGCCUGCUUAUCGGGGCCGUGGCAAACACUCGUUCAGACCGGGUCACGCGAGACCUUUAAGCCAGUGCUUUAAGCCCCCCGCGGAGCCGUACUGCGACAGAAGGGGGGUUGGAUAUGCUGCUAAUAAUACAGAAUCCUAUGACACGGAUAUGUCUUUAAAGUCAUGUGUGUGUGUCCCGCAGCGAAAAACUAUCCCGAAGCCAAUAGAAACAUGAAGGAAAUUAUGAUAAGGACAGAAACGAAUAAUGAUUGCUCUAUCUCCGAAAAUGGUUACAAGUUCCUAAAGCGUACUCUGCCUGCGAACACACACACUGGCUACAAUUUGGAUAACUUUUGGCCUAUACGGCUCGAAGAGGUCAACCUGAAAUUCAUGAUGAACACAAACAGAAAGGCACAGAAAAUCUAUCAGAACGAAGCCCAGAUGAAACCUCGUUCGGGGCCCAUCAUCCCUGCUCGGGACUCGGGACACGGACUCGGACUCGGGAGUCGCCUCGGUUCGCGUGCUGUCAAUAAAAUAGAACGGCAACUUGUCGCUCCCUUUCAAUAUUCGCACACUCGUCGUUGUGGCAGCAACACCCACCUGUUGUUGGUUCCUGCUCAACUGGUGUUAUCGCCGUAGUGUGAGUGCGUUUGUCUGGCGCGAGUGUGUGUGUGUAUGCGUGCGUCUGCAUUAAUAUUGUGUAGCAUACUUUGUGGCGCGAACCGAGCAAAUCCAUCGAACCAUAUGGCAGCAUAAAUUGUCAGUGCCAAUCAGUUUGUGAGGAAGAUUUACAAUUAGCUUAUCGUGCCCCCGCCAUGUCGGAGCACUCGACACAGAGGCAGCAAUCCCAAGCAGCUGCUGUCCAGCUAAACGCCCCGGCCAGACGCUGCUCAACGCCCGGUAAUGGCAGCAGUAAUCGCUGUCUAAUUGCAGUGAUUGUCUACCUGGCCCUGCUACUAGAUAACAUGCUGCUGACCGUGAUUGUGCCUAUUCUGCCGGAUUACUUGGCCGGACUGGAUCUGGAGGCCUCCACACCGCUGGUUCUUAGCCUGGAGGAGACAACCCCAUCCUCAAAGCUGUCCCAUCUCUAUCGCAGUGGAGAGAUGCUCGGUGGCGGCCAUCAGCUACAUACUGCCAAACAUCCCAUUCCCGGCAAAUCGAUGGUCAAUUUUACGUUGCUUCAAAUCUCCACAGAGCGCCCAACAACGACCACAACCACGCCCACACCCACGCCCAUGCCCACGGCUACGGCUACGGCCACGGCACUAAUUCUAGAUAUCGUCCAGUCGGGCGGCACUAAUGCGACCUCCUCCACCAGCAAGGUACCGUCCGACAGCCUUAUAGCCAGCAAUGUGCACUCGAACAGCAACCGAAGCCUGACCUUGGCGCAGGAGAACGGAUCCAUUGGCCUGCUGCUCGCCAUGAAGGCCCUGGUGCAAUUAAUUUUCAAUCCGAUUGUCGGAAACGCGACCGGCAAGUUUGGCUACCGCCUGCCUAUUGUGGUGGGUACCUUCUUCCUGCUCGUCUCCUCAUUGGUGUUCACCGUGGGCGAAUCCUAUUGGGCGCUAUUGGUGGCUCGUGCCGUUCAGGGCGUGGGCUCUGCGUGCAUCAAUAUCUGCGGCAUGAGUCUGGUGGCCCAAAACUAUCCCGAGGAGGCACGUCGCUCCAAAGUAAUGGGCAUCAUCUUGGGCAGUAUUGCAUUGGGCGUGCUGCUGGGCUAUCCAUUCGGCGGGAUCCUUUACGAUCUGUUGGGGAAAUCGGCCCCCUUCAUCAUACUCUCAACGUUUAUAUUCUUUAGCUUGGGCCUGCAGCUGCUGACGUUGGAUCUGUCUGUGCAGCCGGAGGUGGUGGUGGCGGAAACUCCCAAGUGGCGGCCACUCCUCGAGUGCAAAAUGAUCCUGGCCAUCGUGCUGGCCAUCUGGUUCUCAACGUCCACGAUGGCCAUGCUUGAGCCAUGCUUGCCCAUCUGGUUGAUUCAGUACUUGAAGCCGAACAAAUGGCAGCUGGGAACUGUCUUCAUACCCGAUUCGGUGGGCUACUUUGUGGGCACCAAUUUCUUUGGAAGCGUAGCCUAUCGCUUUGGCCAGGUGAAGGUCUCCUGCAUUAGUCUGCUGCUGGUGGGAAUCGCCUCAAUUUUGAUACCCAGCGCGACGACUGUAAGCCAACUACUGUUGCCGCAUUUUGCUUUGGGUCUUGGCAUUGGGGUAAUUGAUGCCGCUCUGGUUCCUCUGCUGGCCACCUUUGUAGAUGCAACAUUGGCCCAAGAGGAUCAGGGUGAGGUCACCACACCCAUUUCCAGCUACGGCACUGUCUAUGCCAUACAACAGACAUCCGUCAGCCUGGCGUACUGCUUGGCUCCAUUGAUUGGUGGGGAGUUGGCUCAGACCUUUGGCUUUGCCUGGCUCAUGCGCAUAGUGGGCAUAUGCAACAUGAUCUAUGGUCCCGUUCUGGUCUAUCUUUAUCACAAAUACGAUCCAAAGAUCCUAAGAGAACAACAUAAUGACAUGCUGCUCCAAAGCAGUGGUCGUGGGUCCCGUUAUAAACAGCUGUACAACUCCAUGGACGUGGAAUAGACCACGAUUCCUCGUAAAUACUAAGCAAUCAAUGAAAAGAAUUACUUUAGUUCUUCAUUUUUUUGUCUCAUCUAAAGCAAUAUAUUGGGAGAUGAUUUUUCUGUACCCAAGGAAGGGGAGGGGAUAUAAUAACCUAGUCUCCAGGCAUUCAAUUCAUUUUCAUUCAAAUAUCUCUCGAAUCUCCGAAAGUCAAAAUCACUUAACAAUGUUUCCAACGCAGUCAAGAUAGUAUCGUAAUCAACAUUUCAAAUAAAGAUCCAGAAUGUUCAUACUAUGUUCCCUGUGUAUUUGCUAUUUAGAUGAGAUGAAGUAGGCGUGGAAUAUAUAUUUUGAUAUCCUAGUAUGGGGGGGCCAAGAAAAUGUUCAUUCUACUUUCGGGAUCCUUUCGGCCUACAACUCUUUUUUGAGUUCAAAAUUUUUAGUAAAAUAUUUUUUCUAAUAUUCCCCCAAAACUAACAAAAUAAAAAA